CGCAUGCGUUUCAUUGAGUAUCAACCAAGGGAUUUAAAAUCUGAAGCUGUAGCCGGGACCUGCAGCACGCAUAGUAAGAAGCUCAGGGCCUAUUGCAAACUCAUUCUUGCACAUUUCGUUCUCUCUGCACUACUCGCCUUGCUCCGGCGACUGGCCUGAUGGUAUACCGGGGCGUGUUCGGGUGCAUUCUCACGUAGCCAACUCUUAUUAUGGCCCACGAGAAGUAGCCUGCCCUGCACGCACGCACGCCAUGGGAGGAUGCGUGGGGACCCAGAGGCGCGCGCUGGGCGCGAGCAGGAACGGCGGCAGGCGCAACAAGAAGCGUGGAGGACGUAACGAGCCCCUGAAGAAGGAGCGUCCCAAGUGGAAGAGUGACUACCCGAUGACCGAAGGACAGCUGCGCAGCAAGCGAGAUGAAUUCUGGGAUACGGCGCCGGCGUUCGACGGGCGUAAGGAGAUCUGGGACGCGCUGAAGGCGGCCGCCAUCGCCCUCGAGUGCAACGACCACCAGCUGUGGCCAUAGUGGGCCAGACCAGCAUCCGCAGCUGCCGCAUGGGCCUACACCACACACGCACACGGCUCCCUCACCGAGUGCUAUGACGAACUCGGAAACCGCUACCAGCUGCCAGCCUACUGCUUGGCUCCGCCCCUGAAUCUGGUGUCAGAGCGCAGUGAGAACGAGGGGGCGGAGCCAACGGAACAACAGGUCCCACCCAGGAAGGAGUUCCCACUGAAGGUGCGUCUGUCGUCGGGGCAGGACGUGCGCCUGACGGCCAGCAUGGCGGACGCCAUCGGUCAGCUGAAGAAGCAGCUGCAGGCGCAGGAGGACAUCGACGUGGCGCACCAGCGAUGGUUCUUCUCUGGAAAGCUGCUGACCGACAAGACGCGGCUGCAGGACACCAAGAUCCAGAAGGACUUCGUCAUCCAGGUCAUCGUCAACACAGCUGCCCCCAUCAUCCCCAAGUAGAGAGA